AUGUAUAAAUAUUCAUUAAGAUUUAAAGACUCAAAAAUUGAAGAACAAUAUUUGAUUUAUCGUAGCACCACCUUAUAAUUUCCAACAUUAACAUAUGUGACUGGAGGAGGGUUUUUACUUUUGAUGAUCAACUUUUUUAUUCAUUUAAUUGCUGAAAAGUACUAAAACGCUAUUAAAAAUGGAUCCAUAGCAUUUUAUCUAUUUUUUUAAUACAUUUUCUUGAGAAAAUACGAAAAAUUUAGAAAGUACUCGAAUUUUGCAUUAUUGAUUUGUAAUCUAAUAUUCAUAGCAUUUGAAUAUGAUAAUCCUAAUCCAAUUAAAACAUAUUAUGAUGGUUAUUUACUUGGAAGUAACCAGAUGUUGGUACAUAAUAUCCUAAUGUUUGCUAAUAAUCUUAAAUUAGGAAUAGCAGCUAAUCUGAUUCACACGGUUUCAAAAAUAUUAAUAGUAUAGCUUUAAUAAGGUAAUAUGGAUAUUUAACAAUAUGUAUAUACAACUUUAUUGAGUUUAAGUUUUAUUCUUAUUUAAUUCGAAAUAGAAAAAUAAUAUAGGAAUUCGUUUUUUCUGUCUCUUAAAGACAGCACAUGGGGUAUUAAAUAGAAUAAAUUAUUUAUUAGAAAGCAUGACUCCAUUAUUUCUAAAAAAACCUUAUUUUUUAUUUUCCUUUAACUAAGAUGAAAAUGCUUAUUAAGUAAUAUCUUCUCAUUUAAAAGAAUACUUUGAUUCCGAAACUCCACUUACUACAUUUCUAUAUCAAUCAAAAAUUUUAGGUAAUGAAUCUUUAUAAUCUUACAUAUAACGUUUAACUGUUCAAUGCAUAAAGCAAAAUGACAAUUUAUGUUUAUUCAAUUAAUAUCUUAAUGUGGAUUAUCUCAAUAAAAAAGUUGCAAUUUCUCUAAUAGCAUAUUAAUUUGAAAAAGUGAUUUAUGCUAUAAUAAUUGAAUCAGAAGAUCCAAUAAGAAAGGAGUAAAAACUGAAAUAUUUGUAGUAGAUCUAAAUAUAUAAGGAAUUUUUUCAUUUAUAAAUUAUGCCAAUAAAUAAGGUGUUGGCAACAUUGUUAAGAGAAAAUCCUCAUCCUUUAUUGAGAAAUUUAAGAAUAUCAUUAAUAGAGAUUUAUUAUCAAUAAACCUAAUAGUGCGAGUUAAAAUUGGUUGCAAUAAAGAAGUUACUUCUAAAAUGCGUGCUCUUAUUUUAGAAUACAAAAAAUCAAAUCAGUAUAAUAUGCAAUGAAGAUAUUAAAUUUGUAACUAUGAAGCAUGCACUAAUAAUUUUUAUAUUUGAAAUUCUAAAGAUAAGCAAUGAAUAGUGUUUAUAAAUAAGAAUAAGUUAAGUAUAGAAUACUUCAAUAUAAAUUAUUGGUCUGAAUCAUCUUCCUUAAUCAGAAUUAUUUUAAUAAAGUAAAGAGAUGUUAAUUGAAAGAGUUUUGGAAUCUUAAAAUUGUAAAAAUUAAAUUAUUAUUUAGGUUUUAUAUUUAUAUUGAUGAAAAUACCCCAUUAGAGUUUUAAAGAUUAUUUUUAUAUUUAAGAUUCCAAUUAUUGA